GGGAGGGUCUUUCUCUCAAUGUUUAAAAGCACAUCUUUUGGAGAAAGCUAGGAAUUCGGGUGUAAAACAUUUCUCAGGCUGAGCUGUUAUGUUUGUGAGCUUCCUGUAACCAUUUCUUUUGCUGAACAAAACCUGAAGUCAAUGGAGAAUCAAGCCCUCAAUCAACAAGGAGAGGCUCCUGGGGCAGGGAACACACAUCGUCCCUUCAACAUGAAUCAUUACGCUACUAAGAAGAGUGCAGCGCAGAGCAUGUUGGAUGUGGCUCUUCUGAUGGUGAACUCCUCUCAGCUGAAGACAGUGCUGCAUUCAGGAGCACAGCACCGCUUCUACGCUCCUCUCAUCGCUCUGAUCUCACUGUCCAUCUCACUGCAGGUCACUGUGGGCCUCCUGCUCAUCUUCAUUGGUUAGUUUAUACUUAUGGAAGGAUUUUUUUUUUCUCUGGUGUAAUUUCAUAAUGUAACAAUGUGUUUUCUGUUGUUCCCUUCAGUGAAGUAUGACCUGAAUGAUGUUAAGUUACAGCCGAGGCUUAACACAAUGAAUAAUAUGGCCACUGUUUUAGUGUUCUUUACUGUUCUCAUCAACAUCAUCAUCACGGUAUUGGAGUCUGGAGGGUGAGCAGAGGCUCUCUCUUUUUUUUUUUUUCUCUUGUCUUUAUAAUUUAAAUAGUAUUUAAGUCUGGACAUCUAAACUUUAUUCU